CUCCUCUGCCUCCUCCUUCUUCUGCCUCCUCCUCCCUCCCCUCCGGCCUUCUUCUGUUGCAAGAAACCGGUUCUUCCUCUCCCUCCGCCCGCACCCAUCCCAGGCAAACAAGAUUUCUCUCUUUUUCUUAAAAAUAGGGAGAUAAGAUUUUGAAAAAAAAAUGCAGAUCUGCAACGAUGGCGCGGAAGAAGAUCCGGGAGUACGACUCGAAGCGGCUGCUGAAAGAGCAUCUCAGGAGGAUCAAAGCAAUCAGAUGGCGUUGUAGCGUCUCCUCUGUUCUUCCUCCUCGGUUCUUUCUUCCUCCCUUGCCGUGACGGUGAAGAUGACGAUGAAGAAGAGGCUGCCGCCGCCGUCGUCGUCGUCGCCGUCGAUCCGGCAGCACUUCUGGUUGGGUCUGCAGCUGGUUCUCUCCCUCUCCGUCCUUAUCUGCGUCCUUGCCCUCCUUCGCAUCAACUCCCAAUCCGAAUCCUCUGCCUCCGCCUUCUCUUCCUUUGGACGGUCCUCCUCCGUCCAAGGGACUCCCAAGAUCGCCUUCCUCUUCCUUGCUCGCUUCAAUCUCCCUCUCGAUUUCCUCUGGCACGCCUUCUUCGAGAAUGCCGAGGAGCGCAACUACUCGAUUUACAUACAUUCCGAGCCGGGUAUCGUCUUCGAUGAGUCGACCACGAGUUCCCCCUUCUUUUAUGGCCGUCAGCUCAGGGGGAGCGUCAAGGUGGCAUGGGGAGAGUCGAGUAUGGUUGACGCGGAGCGCUUGUUGCUUGCAGCUGCACUUGAGGAUCCUGCGAACCAACGCUUUAUUUUAAUCUCUGACAGGUACCUUGUGUUCCACCAUCCCUUGGUAAGCUGGCGCUAUAAUUGCUUAGGAUGUUAUGUGAAAAAUUCAAGUUUUUAUUUCUUUGUUGCAGCCUGAAAUAAUAUGUUCAUUUUCUUCGGUCAGUCCCAAUGCUAAAAUCAAAACUUCUGUGUGAACUUCGGCCUUCCGCAAGCAUUUAGCAUGGGGCAUCGUCUUCCAUAUGAUUAGUCUUGUUUCUUGUUUGAAUUAUAGAAUCUAUAUUCACCAAAAAAGGAAAAAAAAAGUUUAUUAUACUAAUUGUCUAGCUAUUGCAUCUUCAUGAGUCUAGAAAGGCAAUUGGCAAAUCAUAGCUGCCAUAGUGCUAUUUCUAACAUCAUCCUUUUUUCCCAAGCAAUUAGAUAAAAUGUGCAAUUCAACUAUUCAACCUCAGCUGUUGAUUUAGGGCAACUCCUAUUACUCCUCUUUCAAGUUUUGUGAAUUAGUUCUGUCACCUAUAUUUCCAACCUUCUGUGCUUAGCUUCAACAUCAAUGCUUUAGUGAAGUACAGAAGCUGAAUUUUAUUUUGUUGAUGUUUUUCGACCCCUAAUUCAAAAACUUGGUUUUCGAUUUUUGUUCUACCAUUUGAUAUCCCUGUACGUGGUAAGAUGAAAACAAAAGGUCCUUCCUUUGAAGGUAAGGUAGAACCUGCAUGGGACAACUGCAAGCCCCUUUUGUUAUCUAACUUUGGAAGAAUGUUGUGGUUGUUGUAUGGUUGUACGAUGGGCCAAGUUCUCUUUCAGACUUUGUGAACUUAUAAUCAGUGAUUCACGUUGCGAGAGUUGCACACUAUCCGGUAAGCCAAGGGAUAACUUGGCAUGUAUGCAGACUCAUACGCAGAUACACACCAUUCAAGUGCUAAUAAGAGGGAUUAGACCAUCAAAAUCUGCAGGGAUGCUACAUAGUUGCCCUCCUUAUUUCCUUUUUAAUUUUCUUUUUUGCAUUAAGCAUACUAUUUAAUCCACAACUUAUCCUAGAAACAUGUAGUUUGCAAUCAAAAUGUUGCCCUUUUGUUGAAAGUAAGGUUGUUUUGUCAAUGGUCUUGUUAGUUUCUAUUUGACUCUUUUGUUAAAGAUCUGCAUCUCUUUUGUUAGUUUCUAUUAAUAUUUACUGGGUUUCUUGAGUUCUGAUGGUACUGUGUUUAUAGUUGCUUCUUUAUGGUGCUAACUUCAUGCUGCAUUCAAUUGUCUCAAAUCCUUUCACAGGCACCAGUUCUGGAUAUUGUAAUACAGGUUUGUUUUCUUGGUCACUCAACUUGGGGUCUACAGAACUUUCACUAGGUCCCCUUGCGGAUCUGC